AUGCCGACAUUCAAAGAUCCGGAACCACCUUUAUGCGAUUCUCCUAGUGUUUCAUUGACUAACAUUGAACUUGUUGAUAUAUUUACACGAAGCCACAGUUCACCUCAAUCACGGCUCUCACACAAAUACCCCAAUGAGACAUUGAUCUAUCAUGGCUACAUCGGGUGCUCACCAAUUUAUCCAACAGUUGCCAUAUCACUGCGCACUCUUGCAGCCUACCGUCAAAUACAUCGAACUUGCCCUCGGUUCAGUGUCCAAGCCCAAGUCAAGAGUCUCUGUUUCCUGCAUGACUCUCCCUAUCGACCAUACCUUUGCGUGCAAUUUUCAGCCGCUUACGAUAUUUAUCUGGAAAUCAUCCACCGUGUGAAUCAGCGCCUUCGCAAGGCGCUGAAACAUGACACACCGCAUUGGUGCAUGCUUAACGCAUGCCCAGCAUGCUUCUACGUGCUGGAGGACGAGCCUGCUCUAGAAUUCGAUUGGCUGGUGUCUAUAGAUGGCAACAAUAGUCUGAAACGGUGGGACUCCGCGAUCUACGGCUCAACCAGGCGUACAGAUUCUCGUAAGGCACGGUCGGACUACUGGCUUGACACUUGUGAUGUAGACAGGUUCAAAGAUGAAGUCAGAACACGACAGUCUGAUUAUGCUAUGCAGAGGGAUUCGGACGAUGACAACUGGACAGAUGAAACCACCGCAAACGAAGGUGCUGGGACAUUCACGUGCGUCAACCGGUGGCGUAAUGCCGGACCAGACACUCGCAAAAAAAUGUUCUCCGUAUUCGAUGAAUCAGGUAUUUUCAUCGCAGCGUGUCGUCAUCGAUUCGUUGUUCUGGCAUGCGACAUGGUCCGGAGUGGGGAAUUGGCUAAAUAUCCGCUUGCUAUUAUUGAGAAGCUCCUCGCAGUGUAUGGGAAGAAUGGCGGCUGUGCCUACGACAUCGGAUGCGCCUUUUCGAAGACUUUAACUAACAGUUCCCUGGGAACGCAAGCACGCGAGUUAGAUUUUCGGCUCAUGGUAGGCGCCUUUCACGGACACGCCCAUAACCGCAAAUGCCAGCUAGACUGGCAUCCCAUGUACAUUCCGGGAAUCGGACACACUGAGGGCGAAGGUUGUGAACAUGUAUUCUCGUCAUCAAAUGAGCUUGCUCGCAGUACAAGACAUGCGACCCCAUUCCACCGGCGCCAGACAAUCGAGGAGCACUUCUCGUUCUGGGACGCUGACAAAUAUGCCGCGCUCAGUGCGUAA